AUGUUCGCAGCACGCGCCGCCAAACCAAAGCUUUCGCUGAGCAUCUCUGCUGCUACCACCAACACGGCCUCCCUUGCCCUCAAAUCCCCAGCCGCUCUCUCUAUCCCCAGAACGCCACUGUCACCACGAAGCCCAGCUGCAUAUGCCACUCACAACUCGAGGUUAAGCCAAGCAUGCUACUCGACGUACAGCAAUUCGUGCAGCUCCAAAAGCAUCCUCAAGAAGUCACAGUCGUCGUCUAGGGGUCUUGCCGAUAAGAGAAUCAGAUUCAACGCUGAGCCAGAGAUCCACCCCAUCUCAGCCAUAGAGAACCCCGAAGAGUACUACGGCAGCUCUGCCAGCUCUACCAGCAUGUCCAAAGAGGAUAGACGGGAGAGACGGUGGUCGCGUGCCGCCGCCGGCUACUCCGAUGAUACAUCCGUAGCAAUUGUUGAAAAACGUGGCCCCCAAACCAGCGAUGUUUCAUGCUCCACCACGACUCCAAGAGGCAAUGCAACCAUUCACUACCUCGAAAAUAUCACCGCCGACAGUCGGGAAUACCGCGGAAUCCAUCCCCUCAUAUCACUAGAAUCGCAUCAAGCGAACUUGUCGAACCUCGUCGAUAAAGCACUUCGACACUUACCAUCCACUACCGGCUCUAUUCCAAAGGAACCAACCGCUUUGCGCCAAUAUGUCUCUAGAACUAUUCAGCUAUCACCUGUGCGCGAAGAAGAGGGAGAUACAAUCACCAAGGUCAAACCGGAUUUUAUUUCCGUUACCCGUGGACCUGGAAUGGGCUCAAAUCUUUCCGUAGGAUUGGAAUUGGCCAAAGGGCUAUCUGUAGCAUGGCAGAUUCCAAUUGUCGGCGUGCAUCACAUGCAGGCUCAUUUACUCACACCAAGACUAGCCAGUGCGCUUGAUGCGGCGUCUGGUGUUGGGAGUGAUACUGCAUAUAAUCCAAAGCCCGAGUUCCCAUUCAUAUCAGCGCUCGUGUCCGGCGGGCAUAGCUUUCUUGUGCACUCCAAGUCUCUUACAGACCAUGAGACAUUGGCUUCUACCGUCGACAUGGCAAUUGGAAGCGUAUUAGAUAAAUUCGCCCGCAUGGCCUUGCCGCAAUCAUACCUCGACCAGAGCAAGACAACCAUGUAUGGGAAACAGCUAGAGGCAUACGCAUUUCCUAACGGGUUUGCCGACUAUGCCGACUACAAACCGCCAACGUCGAGAGGACAAGAAACUAAGCCUAUCGAGAAUGCUAAAUAUGGCUGGUCACUAACCCUGCCAUACCCAGAGUCGAGAACAAUGGCACUCACUUUUGCCGGUUUAUUAUCUGCUGCCACAAGGCAAAUCGAUAUCAUGUCAAAUGGAAAGGUUAAACAGAGAAAGAAAACCAAGGAGGAGAUGGAUAAUUUGAACCUUGAUUUUCUCCCUCAUGAAGGCCGGGUUGCAUUUUCUAGAGACUUUAUGAGGGUUUGCUUUGAGCACCUUGCUUCUCGGAUUGUCUUAGCAUUGGAAAACGCAUCUUCCAACGAAGUUAAUCAAGCAGAGAAUGGGAGACUGAAGGCAACAUCUCCUGUUAAAACCGUUGUGGUUAGCGGUGGUGUUGCGGCGAAUCGAUACCUACAACAUAUCCUUCGUUCAUUCCUAGAUGUGCGUGGAUUCUCCCAUAUCGACAUCGUUGCUCCCCCGUUAUACCUCUGCACAGAUAACGCAGCUAUGAUUGGUUGGGCAGGUAUCGAGAUGCUCGAGGCUGGUUGGAAAACUGAUAGGAAGUCAAUGUUCAUAAGGAAGUGGGGUCUUGAUCCUGCUGCUGAAGACGGUGGGAUAUUAGGCCCUGGGGGCUGGGUACGCACGGUACAAUGA